UGAUGUGUUGUGAGAGAGACGGCAGAUCUAUGAAACUCUCUCGGUAUUUAGCGGGCGUUUCCUGAAGGCUGAGCGUCUUGAAGGUCCGUGAAAUACUCCUGUAAGGAGCGAGGAAGGCUUACAAAUUAUUUACCAGCAGUAAACGCUUUGGUAAGGAUUGAGGAUUUGACCCAGAUAACCCUGUGAAGUUUGUCCAGGAAGCUAACAACAUGCCAAAAAAAUCAAGUCACCCUCCUGCAUAUGGAGGCAGACAUCAUCGCCGAACCUCCCAUCGCGCACCUUCUUAUCACCCCGAUGAAAUGCUUCACUUUUACCGCUGGACAUCACCCCCAGGUGUCAUGAAGAUCUUGUGCAUCAUCAUCAUCAUUUUGUGUGUGGCUAUGUUUGCCUGCGUAGCCUCCACACUGGCAUGGGACUAUGAUGCCAGCGCCAUGGGCCUUGGGAGUCUUGGGAUGGGAGGCUAUGGAGGCAGCUAUAGCGGUGGAUCAUACAGUGGAGGAUCAUACGGCGGUGGAUCAUACGGCGGUGGGCUCAGUGGAUAUGGAGGAGGCUAUGGUGGGGGUCUCGGUGGCUAUGGCUAUGGAGGCGGCACGUACAUGGACCCAAAAUCUGGCAAGGGUUUCAUCAUCGCGAUUGCUGCAAUCACCUUUAUUGCUGUGCUCAUCAUCUUCGUCCUGGUGGUGUCGAGGCAGAACGCUGCACAGUCUCCCUCGUUCUAUCUGGCCUCCAUCAUUAUUUGUGCCAUCCUGGCUGCGCUCAUGCUCAUCGCCACCAUCGUGUACCUGGUCGCUGUUAACCCCACCUCUCAGACGUCUGGAUCCAUGAUGUAUAAUCAGAUCUUGCAGCUGUGUGCGCAAUACCAGAACCAAGAUCAGGCCUCUGGCAUUUUUAUAAAUCAAUAUUUAUACCACUAUUGUGUAGUGGAGCCUGAAGAGGCCAUUGCCAUAGUUCUUGGGUUUCUGGUUGUGGUCGGAUUGAUCAUCUUACUUGUGUUCGCGGUGAAGACCCGAGGGCAGAUCAGGAGAUACGGCAGGGAGCGCGUUCUGUGGUAUGACGUGAAGACCAUCACCGACGGACUCACAUCCCAAGGCAUCGGGGAAUGGGUUAAUAAUGUGUCUGGAGAUCCAGAGGCUUUUGUCAAUGACCACAAUGAUCAAGUUGCAGUUGCACAGCCAAUGGUUCACAGCCAGAAACCAGUUUACGUUCCAAGUAGUUCUGACGUGACAAGCUCUUUAAGUGGACUGAAAAGUAAACUGAGAGACUAUGACACUGGAGAGUCUGGAGAUGAGCUGGACACGGACUAUCAAAGUGAGUAUCCUCCUAUCAUUAAUGAGCAGGAGAGGCUUGAGUACAAGAGAGAGUUUGACAGAGACCACAUGGAGUACAAGCGUCUUCAGUCUGAGCUAGAUGAUAUUAAUCAGGGCUUGGCAGAUACGGAUCGAGAGCUAGAUGGCUUGCAGGAAGGCAGCCCACAGUUCAUGGAUGCCAUGGAUGUGUACAGCAGGCUCAAAAGUUUGAAGAAGUCUCCAGACUAUCAGAUGAAAAAGAAAAGGUGUAAAGAGCUGAAGACAAAACUGUCCUUGAUCAAAAGAAGGGUCAGCGACUAUGACCACAGACAAUAAAACCAGGCACUAGAAACUCCGGAGAGUAUGUUGCCACAUGAUGUUUUGUUUUGGGACUUUAGUGUAUCUUUAUGUCUGUAUUAAAAAUCUGUAUCACUGUUAUUAUCAAAAACUGUAUGGCUGCUGUAUGACAGGUUUUUUGCUUUUAAGUAAGCUUGAUCAAAAUAUUGUGGUAUCAAUGAAGUAUUUUUUUAUUUUAUUUUUAAAGCUAGAUAAAGUCUUCUUUUAACAUUUUUAUCUUUUUCUGAAGAUAUGUAGUCAAGUUAAAUUUAGUGUAGGCAAUCUUUAAUAUGAGCAAAACUGUGACCACUUUUUUUUGUAGUUUCAGGGAUCUUAAAAUACAUUCUAAUGUUGUUUGUUGUAAUGUCUUUGUGGCUUUUCUUUUUUACUUGUUGAUUAAUCUGUCACCAGAAUAACAAUCUAUGCUGUUUUUUUAAGCAUGCACAGAACAGGUGUGAAUUCAGUUUAAUUUCAUUUCAUUAUUUGGUUCUUUAAAUCUAUAGAGAAUUAAACCAUAUUAAUGUGGCAGACGAAAUAUGUUGAAUGUACAGUACACUUUUAUGCUCGUUAUUUGUGUAAAGAUUUGGUCAAAUAAAAGGCAUUCAAUUUCAAA